AGAAGAAAAGCGAUAGAGAAACAAGAAUAUUUUGAUUAAUUGGAAAACAAAGUGAGGAAAGAGAAAAAGAUUACGGGAAUAAACAGCUCUACAAGAUCAAGAAAAAGUUUCCACUUUCAACCCUCCUCAUAAACCCUACAAAAUCAAGUCAUCCAUCUAUCUCCCUCUUAAGGUUUUGAGCUUUUCAUAAACUUCAAAUAGAGAUGCAAUUGACACUCGAAUUCGGGGGAGGGUUGGAACUUCUUUGUGAUUCUGUGAAGAUCCAUAACAUUAAUGUUGACCCUCAAGAUGGAGAGAAGCAGUUGACGAUGAAAAACUUGCUCACUUGGGUUCGCACCAAUUUGAUCAAGGAGAGGCCUGAAAUGUUUAUGAAAGGAGACUCGGUGAGGCCUGGAGUUCUAGUCCUUGUAAAUGACACUGAUUGGGAACUAAGUGGCCAGCUUGAAACAGUGCUGGAAGAGAAGGAUAACGUUGUUUUCAUCUCAACAUUGCAUGGCGGUUGAUGUUGAUAUUAUACAUCAGGAGCUUCUAAAAGUUCAGACUCUAAUAGAACUUUGGUCAUUAAUUAUGUCCUGUACUAGUGCAUGAAUGCUAAUAUAAGCGCAUUUUGAUUACUGAUUCCUUUCUGUCCUGGCACCGUGGCAGAAGGAAAAUGAUGCAAAUACUACCUUGAAUCAUUUGAAGAAAUUUUUGGUUGAGCAAAAUUCACAAAUA